ACUGUAAUACAUGUAAAUGUGAAACGAACGGUAGAGUAAGUUGUACAAAUAAACCUUGUAACUGUAUGUACAAUGGAAACACCUACAAAAUAGGUACUACAUUUAAAAAGGAUUGUAAUACGUGCACAUGUAAAGCCGAUGGCACUGUAGAUUGUACAACAAAUCAAUGUACCUGUACUUAUAAAAAUGAGGUUUAUAAUUUCGGAGCAGUGUUCAAUGAUGAUUGUAAUACUUGCAGAUGUCAAUACAACGGACAAGUUGAUUGUACAAACAGACCCUGCCGGUGUACGCAUAAAGGACAAACUUAUCGAAUUGGUGAUAGAUUUUCGGAAGAUUGUAACCAAUGCCAAUGCUUAUCGACUGGAUAUGUUCGAUGUUCUACCAACAUUUGCAGAUGCACUUACAACAACCAGAUUUAUAACGUAGGUCAAUCAUUUACGCAAGACUGUAAUACAUGUAAAUGUGAAACGAACGGUAGAGUAAGUUGUACAAAUAAACCUUGUAACUGUAUGUACAAUGGAAACACCUACAACAUAGGUACUAUGUUUAAAAAGGAUUGUAAUACGUGCACAUGUAAAGCCGAUGGCACUGUAGAUUGCACAACAAAUCAAUGUACCUGUACUUAUAAAAAUAGGGUUUAUAAUUUCGGAGCAGAAUUCAAUGAUGAUUGUAAUACUUGCAAAUGUCAAUACAACGGACAAGUUGAUUGUACAAGGAAGCCAUGUAAAUGCACAUAUAAAGGACAAAUUUAUCACAUUGGCAAUAAAUUUCAUGAAGAUUGUAACCAGUGUGAAUGUUUAUCGAGCGGUGAAGUGCAGUGUUCUAAGAAUCUAUGUAAAUGUGUUUACAAUGGAAAUACCUACCAAAUUGGUACAACAUUUAAAAAGGACUGUAAUACGUGCACAUGCAAAGCUGAUGGUAGCGUAGACUGUACAACAAAUCCAUGUACUUGCACUUACAAAAAUAGAGUUUACAAUUUCGGAAAUCAAUUCAAAGAUGGCUGCAAUACUUGUACUUGUCAAUACAAUGGUGAGGUUAGCUGCACUAAAAUACAUUGUUCCUGUAAUUACAACGGUAAACGUUAUGAAAUUGGUUCUGUAUGGUAUAAUGAUUGCAACAAAUGUCAGUGCACCUCCGAUGGGAGAGUGGAUUGUGAGCAAAAAGUAUGCAGUAAGCCCUGUGUAUACAAAGGAAAAACUUAUUCUGUUGGUGAAACAUUUAAAGAUGUCUGCAAUACUUGUCGAUGUGGACAAUUUGGUGAAGUAGCUUGUACUAAAAUGUAUUGCCCCCCGACAACAUGCCAGUAUUAUGGAAAAUCUUACAAAGAGGGAGAAAUGUUCAUGACUCAAGAUAAAUGCAAUGUUUGUCGAUGUUCAAAUGGGAAGGCUAAAUGUACCAAGUAUGAUUGCUAUCGUAUGAAACAACAGUACGGAUGAAGAACUGUUAAUUUAUUUUGAUAAUUCCAAUAAUUUUGAUACUACAAAUAUAAUUUUUUAAAUAAAACAUAUAUCUACCACAA